AAUAGGUCACAGACGUUUGGCUAGCGGGGUUCACCAAGCAUCAAGUCCAGUGUGAACUAAGAGUGGCUACGACAAUGGCUGUUGUUGUUUCACUUUUUACUUGGUAACGAAGGACCCAACUGGAAGCUCGUGCUAGCCUCUCGCGCGGUGAAUGGACGGUCAGUCCAAGCGGGCGGUCACCGCCACGCACAACCCAGCUGCAGCUAACGCUAAGCGACUGGUCACCAAUUAACCAGAACGUUUUUUUUUUCUUUUUCUUCAUUAACCUUCAAUGGAAGGUUAAUGUUUGUCGGUUAGAAGUAUGGACUCAUAUCAGCGUUAACCUCUAACGUUAGGUGUUACAGCUUAGAAUAAGAAUAAUGUUUUCAGUUUUGGCUAACUGAUUUGAAACCGCAAGCUGUAAGUGGGUGACAUGGCAACCGGAGGUGCUCCAUUUGAUGACAGUGCAGAAGAGCUGCAGACCUGGACAGCACCCAAUGGCAGUCUGGAAGACAGACUGAACAAUAUGAACUGGGGGAUUCAGCAAAAGAAAGCUAACCGGUCGACAGAGAAGAACAAGAAGAAGCUUUCUGCAGCAGUGGAGAGCCGGCUGACUAAUGAUAUUUCACCAGAGUCCACCCCAGGGGCCGGCCGCAGGAGAACUCGGGCUCCUCAUUCUUUUUCCCACAUCAAAUACACGACCCAAAUGUCUGUUCCUGACCAGGCUGAACUGGACAAGCUACGCCAAAGGAUCAAUUUCACAGAUCUGGAUGAGCGGAGCAUCGGCAGUGACUCCCAGGGCCGCGUCACUGCUGCCAACAACCAGCGGCAGCUAGCCGGAGAGAACAAGAAGCCUUUCAACUACCUGCCUCUGCAUGUCAACACUAACAAGAGCAAAGAGCUGAUCUAUCCCUCAGCUUCUGCCCCAACUACUCCAGCUAUCACAAAGGAAACCAAGAAGCAGAGUGCAGGGCGGAGAGAAACAUUAAGUCCAGUAGGUCUUCGCCAGGAGUCGCCAAGGAUGAGUCGCUGUGGGACAGGCAGAGGACUUCUGAUGGAAGGAGAGUAUGGGAGGCCAGCGCCCACAAUAGACAGCAGCCAGGUGGUGAGCAAACUGGUUCAGAUUCGGGAAUACAUCAGUAAGGCCAGCGCCAUGAGGGACGAUCUGGUGGAAAAAAAUGACGUUCCCGCCAACGUUGAGCGUCUUUCUUACCUCAUCGACCACCUCAAGGAGCAGGAGAAGUCCUAUCUACGCUUCCUACAGAAAAUGCUUGCCCAGGAGAGUGACUGUGACGUUGGGACGCUGGACUCCGCGGUCGGAUCAGGGUCACUGGCUGACAGCUCCUCCCUUAACGUAGAGGUCCAGUCUUCAGAUGCUUCAAAUAUAAUAGGUGGUAGGACAGUGGGUGUGCGUGCCGACCAGAAGGAGGAACUGGAGAACCUGCGUAAGCAGCAUGAGCUGCUGAAGAAGAUGCUGGAGCAGCAGGAGCAGCUCAGAGCGCUGCAGGGCCGACAGGAAGCUCUAAUGGCCAUGCAGCACAGUGCAGAGCAGGCGCUCGCUGUGAUCGAAGACACAGUCGUGACAGAAACCACCGGCAGUGUUUCUGGCCUCAGCAUCACAUCAGAACUGAAUGAAGAGUUAAAUGAGCUGAUUCAGCGUUUCCACAACCAGCUGCACGACUCUCAGACCAAAUCGGUGCCAGAUAACCGUCAUCAGGCUCAGAGCCUGUCCCUCUCCGGAGAAGUGUCCUGGUCCUGCCCCCCCCACGCUGUUGGUCCACCUCAGCACAGGCCGCUCCUUCACUCCGCUUCCGGCCCGCAUGCCGGUCUGGACACCGAGGGAGCUGCCGCCAGCACCAAACUCACCAAGUUACAAGAACUUAAAGAUAAAAAGCAAACAAUGGACAAGAUUCUGCAAGAAUUGCAUUCACUGCGAGACCAGACACUAAACAACAACUCAUGUCGGGGUCUGUCAGCACAGUGCAGUUCAAGUUUAGGAGGAUCUUCAGAUUGUACAUCAGCUCUCUGCUCCAAUGCAGCCUCUACUUCCUUUCAGCCUUUAUUCACACAACAGAACGGCUCCGGUUCUUCAGACAAGCUCAGGAAGCUGAAGGAGGUCCAUAAGCGCCUUAAUGAACUGAGGGAGUUGGUUCAGUACUAUGAGCAGACGUCUGACAUGAUGGUGGACGCCGUCAAUGAAAAUGUGAAAGAGCCUGAUGAUGAUGAGGAGGAGGAGGAGGAUGAAGAUGAGUCGGUGGAUGGAUCUGUAGACGUAAACAGACACGCAGUGAAUAGCCUGACCUACGGCCGCAGCUUCAGGAGCAGCACUACAAACAACCAGGACGGUCGACUCAACACCGAGUGUGAAAUCAACAACCGAGCAGCAGCCAACCUCCGCAGCCUCAACGUCACCACGCCUAUAGAGUGCCAGUACAACAGGGACCUUGCCUUUGUGCAGGUAAAGGAUGAUGAUGAUGAUGUAGACGGCAUUGAUAAUGAUGAAGGAGGCCAGGCCAUGCUUCCAGACAGUGCAUCGGAGUCCAGUCGAGGGAGCAGCUUUGGGAACGCUGCGGGUUUCCCUCCCAAGGUUCACCGGCAGAUGGCGACGCAGAAGCUGAGGCAGCUGCAGGAGCUGGUUGCCAUGGUUCAGAGUGAUGACACGGAUGGAACAACAGCCAAUGACGAUGAAGCUUUACACCAGCAGCCCAAUAACACCCGAUCUGCUGUGUGCGGGCCGUCUGGGGCCGGAUCCAAACAGAAUCCAAGAGACCUGGUUCUCUCCACCAAGUCCCGGGAGAAGCUGUACGAGGAGAAGUUACGUCAGCAGAAGCAGGAACUGAGGCAGCUUCACGAGGAAAGACAAAGACUUAUAGAAAUCCAAGGAAAGAUCCAGGACUUGCAGUGGACCUGCCCAGACCUUCCGUCGUCUGUGUCCAGCACAGGCAGCCAGCACGGUCUGCUGAGGAAGGCUCCACUUGCAGCUUCCACCCCUGCUAACGUCAAAGCUUCUCCUCCCCCUGGACCCAAAACCAACUUAACCGUGCUCAAACCCACCGCUCAGGAGGCAGCUUCUUCCUCCGUCACCGACAACGAGCAGCUUUGGUCCGAAAUGAGGCGGAGACAAAUUUUGCGAGAAGACCUGCGACAGCGGCGAAAGCAGCUGGAGUCGCUGAUGGCCGAACAUCAGAGACGUAGCGGUUUCCGUGACUCCUCCUGUCAGAUGGAAGAGCAGGAGGGGAGUGCUACUCUCUCGCAGUCCAUCAACAGGGAUGAGAGAACAAUGGCCACAUGGGGGUCCAGUCCUUGCAACCUGGAUGAUGAGAAUGAGGAAGAGGAUGAUUAUCACUCUGAGAUGUGCGCUGAGGAGGAAGAGGAAGAAUGUACAGAGAGCAGCUCCGAUGAUGAGAUCCACAUCUACUCGUCCAGGAUGAACCAGAGCUCCUACAGUAACAGGAAGAAUCAGGGAAGUAACCUGAAGCCUCCGGCAGCCUUUUCCUGUGACUCCGAGGCUCAUCUUUACAACGAGACAAAGGUGAAUGAUCAGAGCCGAGGCGCGAAGCCGCCUGUGGGCCAGCACGGAGGCGUCCGGCGUCAGGAGAACCUACGCUGGGCCUCAGAGCUCUCCUUCGCCGAGGGCUCCAGCCACUGGCAGGAGCAGAUGAAUCAGCUUCAGAGGCAGCUGGACUUCAGCACCAGCAUGUGUCAGACGCUCCUGCAGGACCAACAGACUCUGUCAUACAUGUUACAAACCCUGCUGACGGGCCAGUACAGCGUCUUGCCCAACAACGUGUCGUCACCUCAAGUCCACCUGGUGAUGCAUCAGCUCAAUCAGUGCUACACCCAGCUGGCCUGGCAGCAAAGCAACGUCCAGAGGCUGAAACAGGUUCUGAACGACCUGAUCCAGCAGCAGCAGCGUCAGCAGCAUCAGCAGCAGCAUCAUCAUCAUCAUCAGCAGCAGCAGCAGCAGCCCUCCCCCUCAGCACCAGGUUGGCAGACACAGAAGCAGAGUUUGGCUCAGGAGUCCGGUCCCAGCCCCUCUGCCUCCCCCGGCAUAUUCCUUCCUUUUACCUCUACGAUGCAUCCUUCAGCUCUCAACGUAGCGAACUCCACCUUAUCUCCAUUCUCCCCCGGCUUCAACUUGUAUCCGCCAUUCCCUGGUGCCAUGGGUGAGUUUCCUCCGAGUGCAGAAGGUCCAGCUUCACCUGAGCAUCAUAAAAUGGAUCCCAAUACAUCGAUCAAAACCGAGUACAUGGGUUUCCCUCCGCCACUGCAGCGCUCUCCUCUCAACACAGCUUCAGAAGGAGGAUCAGCUGUACGACUGAACACCUCCUACACCAACAACAUAACCCGACAUCUGCCGUCUAAAGCAGAGCUGCAAGAGUCUCCUCUCUCAUCCCCCAUUUUUAACAAAUCCCAGUCGAGGGUGCAGGAGUUUAAGGCUUCCCAGGACAGCUUUUGCAGUAUCCCUGAUCCCGAUGAUCCGGCCACGGUCACAAAGACCUUUAAGCCUGGGAAAAAGGCCUCUGCACAAGCCAACCUGGCAUCUCGAAGCAAAACCUCCAAAAACAGACGCAGGAAGAGCAAAGGGCACAACAAGAACAAUGGAGGCCAAGAUAGCGACAGCUUUAGCAGCACUGCAGAGUUCGGCCAGGAGAGGGCAGGCUUGUCUCAUCACAAAGACCAGAAUCAGAUUCUGUUGGACAAACUGACUCAAGAAAAACUGGACAGCAAGGCGAGGCUCGGAACCAAACGGAACGACCUGUCCUCUGCUUAUGCUUGGAGAACUCCCUUCCUCUCUAACAGAAUUGCAUGCACAGAAGCUCCAGAUGCGAGCAGCGACUUCUCCUUGUUUGAGGCGCUGCGGGAGACCAUUUACUCUGAGGUGGCCACUUUGAUAUCGCAGAAUGAGUCGAGACCCCACUUUCUCAUCGAGCUCUUCCAUGAGUUGCAGCUGCUCAACACAGACUAUUUACGCCAAAGAGCUCUGUAUUCGCUGCAGGACAUAGUGACCAAGCACCUGGCAGUGAGGCGCGCGGCCGAGGACCAGCUGCCUCCCCUGGGGUCGAUUGUGUGGACAGCAGGCUCUCAGUCUGAGCUGACUCCCAGCCAGAGUCUGGUCACCAGUGAUGAAGAGGUGUUGGAGAAGAACUUGAGGCAUGAGCAGGAUCUAAAGAGGAGAGAAGACGCAGAAUUUGUUGAUAACGACAGCAACAUGUCAACCUCCUCCAACCUGGAACCUUUUGCUAAUGAUGACCUGGGCAACACAGUGAUUCAUUUAGACAAAGCUCUGGUGAGGAUUAGGGAGUAUGAGCGCAUGAAGCUUAAAGCCGAGUUUAACCCUCGCAGCGGCAGCAGCAGGUCUGACGCAACAAAUGCUAGAGGUGCUUCCGCUAACCCCGCUGACCCAGAGGAAGAAAGUGCAGCCAACGGUGUGCACUGCCCUCAGAUCGACACCCAGCAGCUGGACCGGCAGAUUAAAGCCAUCAUGACCGAAGUCAUUCCCUUCCUAAAGGAGAACAUGAACGAAGUGUGCUCCCAUCAGCUGCUGACGUCCGUGCGCCGCAUGGUGUUGACUCUCACCCAGCAAAACGACGAGAGCAAGGAGUUUGUUCGCUUCUUCCACAAGCAGCUGGGAGGAAUCCUGCAGGAAACUCUCUGUAAAUUUGAGGGCCGUACGCUGAGGGACUGCGGGGAGGAUCUGCUGGUGGAGAUCUCAGAGAUCCUCUUUAACGAGCUGGCCUUCUUCAAGCUGAUGCAGAAUUUGGACAGCAGCAACGCCGCCGCCAACCUGGGAGUUAAAUAUAAAAAUCAGAAAAAGUCUCCACAGCUCUGUAAAACAAAUCAUAACCUGGAGGAGAACUCGGAAGCAGAUGCUGCUAAGUCUGUUUCUCCAGCAUUUGCUGAUGAGGACAAGGAUCAGAAUCAGACAGAAAAGCAAGAAUCUGGAGUCCUGCAGGAGGAUUACCUGCAGACUGAGGGGAGGAGCAGCCCUGGGUCAGAAGGUGAAGAGGAGGAGGAGGAUGAAGGACAAGAGGAAGCAGCUCCUCUGUCAAUCAGCCUAUCUAAAGCAGAGACUCAGGCUCUAACCAACUACGGCAGCGGAGAGGAUGAAAACGAUGAGGAGGAGGUGGAGGAGUUUGAAGCUGGACCUGUAGACGUGCAAACGUCUCUGCAGGUUUCGGCUGACGGACAGGCGGAGCAGGAAGUUGUUGCGGCGGUCACAACCAGCAGCGAACCUGAAGAGAAAAUCUCUGAACAGAACUGUUCAGAAACAAACGAGGUCAGUAAUACAGCCGAGACCUUGGACUCCUCAGCUGAAGAGCGCACUCUGGUGGAGCUCCAGAGCACAGAGGAGCAGCAGGAAGCUGUGGCUGCAGCUUCUGCAGAGGAGGCUGCUGAAGCCUCCCAUGACGUUUCCAAGGAGACGGCCAGCAGCCCCAGCUCUGACUCGCCCGUCCUCCUUCCCGUCAUGCAGGAAGUCGGAUCGGGAAACACGAGUCAAAAGUCGGACGAGGAAGACUUCGUCAAGGUGGACGACGUUCCUCUGCAGCUUACGGUGAUGUGUGAGGAGGAGCUGCAGAAGAGGAUCGUGGAGGAGCAGCAGAACAACAACCUGUCUGUGGAGAUCCUGAACGGGAACGCCGAGCUGCUGACCGGCCUGGUGGGGAACGCUCAGGCUCUGAAGGAACCAGACACAACUGAUGCCCAGAGCGUGUAAAGACGACUCCAGAUGUCUCACUCUCCUGAUUUCCUGAGAAUCCUCCCCUCAGUUCGCUUCUCUAAUCCGCUCGUUUGGACAAGAAAAGUUCUGCGUUAUCUGUGAAUCUUUAAGGAAGCCCAACACUAUAAGUUAAUGUUUGUUGUAGUUUACCAAUUUGUUUGGAUUUAUCUCCUGCUGCUGAUCACAUCCAGAUGUUUCUUUGGUUCUGGGAUUAGUUUGACAUGUUUUAUUAAUAUUUUUUAUCUCUUCUUGCCUGGCCCUGCUGUAGCUGUUUUCACCGUAUUCAUAUUAAUUACCGUCUCUUGAUGGUUCAACCAGCUGCUGUUACAACAAAUAGUCUGUGUAAAAUUAAGUACACACUCUUUAAAUUCUAGGGUUUUGUUUUUUUCUGGCAGUGUAUUUAAUGUUUGGCCACAUGUUCCAUGUUAUUGUCUUCUUUAGUUUUCCAAUUGAAGUUAGAUUCAGAUAGUUUUAGUAUCUAUAGAGUUUAUUAAAGUUCUGGAACUGAGAGUGUACUUUUUUUUAUGACUGUAUGUACAUAUGUGUGUGUGAUGGGGCAAAUAGAGCAAAUCUUAGUUGAAGUUUUUUUGCUCAAAAUGAUUCCUCUGUCUCAUCCUCAGAACUGUAACAUGUUUCUGCUUUUCUUAUAAUAAACCAAAUGACUGGA